AUGAAAGCCAUUUUGUUCUUAGUAUUUGCUUUAUUCUUAACUGUUCAUGCCGAAGAAGAGUUUGAACUCGAUGAUGAUUUUGAAAUUAAUAAUGAAGAUUUUGAUUUUAAUGAUGAUGAGUAUGAAUUAGAAGACGAUGAAGAAGACGACGAUGAUGAUGAAUUUGAAUUAGAAGACGACGAAGAAGAUGAUGAUGAAGAAGAAGAAGAUGAAGAAGAAGAAGAUGAAGAAGAAGAAGAUGAAGAAGAUGAAGAAGACGAUGAUGAAGAAGACGAUGAUGAAGAAGACGAUGAUGAAGAAGACGAUGAUGAAGAAGACGAUGAUGAAGAAGACGAUGAUGAAGAAGACGAUGAUGAAGAAGACGAUGAUGAAGAAGACGAUGAUGAUGAAGACGAUGAUGAUGAAGACGAUGAUGAAGAAGAUGAUGAUGAAGAUGAUGAUGAUGAAGAUGAUGAAUUUGAAUUAGAAGACGAUGAUGAAGAUGAUGAUGAAGAAGAUGAUGAUGAAGAUGACGAUGAUGAUGAAGAAGAUGAUGAUGAAGAAGAUGAUGAUGAAGAAGAUGAUGAUGAAGAAGACGAUGAAGAAGAUGACGAUGAUGACGAUGAUGACGAUGAUGAAGACGACGAUGAUGAUGACGAUGAAGAAGACGAUGAAGAAGACGAUGAAGAAGACGAUGAAGAAGACGAUGAAGAAGACGAUGAAGAAGACGAUGAAGAAGACGAUGAAGAAGACGAUGAUGAAGAAGACGAUGAAGAAGACGAUGAAGAAGACGAUGAAGAAGACGAUGAUGAAGAAGACGAUGAAGAAGACGAUGAAGAAGACGAUGAUGAAUUUGAAUUAGAAGACGAUGAUGAAUUUGAAUUAGAAGACGACGAAGAAGAAGAUGAUGAAUAA